GUCUGCAGUCUCUGACCGUCUCCUGUACUAUGUCCGCAGUCUCUGGUCAUCUCCUGUACUGUGUCCGCAGUCUCUGACCGUCUCCUGUACUAUGUCCGCAGUCUCUGGUCGUCUCCUGUACUGUGUCCGCAGUCUCUGGUCGUCUCCUGUACUAUGUCCGCAGUCUCUGGUCAUCUCCUGUACUGUGUCCGCAGUCUCUGACCAUCUCCUGUACUGUGUCCGCAGUCUCUGGUCAUCUCCUGUACUUAUGUCCGCAGUCUCUGGUCAUCUCCUGUACUAUGUCUGCAGUCUUUGACCAUCUCCUGUACUAUGUCUGCAGUCUCUGGUCAUCUCCUGUACUAUGUCCGCAGU